AUCCUUAAGUUCCUUUAUUAUCCUUAGAUUUUGAUUCUUUUCAAAAGAAUUUGAUUUCUGUUUUUCGUUGUUUUAGUCUUGUUUUCAAGUGUUAAUGUAUAUAAAGACAUGUUAUGAUUUAUCGUGUUAUUAUCUGUUGAACAGAAAAAAAAAACAUACCAGAUUAUCAUCUAAGCUCUUAUUUUCAAAUACUGCAAGCUAAGCCUAAUUAUGAACAUUUUUUAAAACAACAAUGAGCGCGGAGAAAGUUGACGCGCAAGAGUGGCGCGUGAAGGAGGAGGAUGAUGAAGAGGAAGAGUGGAAACAAGAGAGAUGACGAUUCUUUUCUUCGUAUUCUCAACUCUUCCACCGUUUCUGCAUCAUCAUCGUCUCUUUCUCUCUCUCUUAACUUUCCGUCCAAAAAAGAGUUCAACUUUCCCGUCAAAAGAAUCGGAAAAAGGCAUAAAGCAUUUGAAGAGAGUUUUUCUCUGAUGGGUAAUAAGCUGGGAAGGAAGAGACAAACUGUGGACGAAAGAUACACAAAGCCACAACAAGGUUUAUACAUGAGCAAAGAUGUCGACAUUAAAAAGCUUAAGAAACUAAUCUUAGAGUCUAAGCUUGCUCCCUGUUAUCCUGGUGAUGAAGAAAGCUCUUGUCAUGAUCUUGAAGAAUGUCCAAUUUGCUUUCUGUACUAUCCGAGCCUCAAUAGGUCAAGAUGUUGUAUGAAAAGCAUUUGUACAGAGUGCUUUCUGCGGAUGAAGAAUCCUAAUUCAGCUCGGCUUACUCAAUGCCCGUUUUGCAAAACAUCCAAUUAUGCUGUCGAGUAUCGUGGAGGGAAGACUAAAGAGGAGAAGAGCAUUGAACAAAUUGAAGAGCAGCAAGUUAUAGAAGCCAAAAUAAGGAUUAGGCAGAAGGAAGUUGAAGAAGAAGAAGAAAGAUUGCAGAAACGUCUGGAAUCAUCUUCUUCUAGCUCCAAUGUAGCUGAUACUGAACAUGGUUCUGCUGCAGAUGAUGAGGAAACUGUUUCAUCUCAAGAAUCAUGCGUUACAUCACACCUUCGGGUUAACAGGGAUGGUGAGUUUGACUAUGAUCUUGAGGAUAUAAUGGUCAUGGAAGCAAUAUGGCUCUCAAUUCAGGAAAGUCAGAGAAAUACAUCUCUUGAUGAAAAUUCAGAAGAUCAUGAUGUGGAACCAUCAAUGCCUUGUUAUUCAUCAUCAUCUCCAUCUGGUGGGCUAGCUUGUGCAAUCGCUGUUCUUGCUGAUCGCCAGCAAAUGGUUGGCGAAUCUUCCUCCAAUCAAAACGUUAACGUUUCAUCACACAGCAUGGUUUCGGCUACGGUUAAUUGCAGCAGCAGUCAUUACAAUGCCAGUGAACAAGAUAGUAAUCAUUACCUUCAAGGAGCAGGAAUCAGCCAUACAAAAAAAUCUGAUUUGACUGAUGAUGAUAGUGGCACUGGCAGUGAGAUUUCCAGGGAAGUUGGAUGGCAAUAGUGUUCCCCAAAGGUUCAAAGGAAAGCUUAAGUUGUUGGUUAUAAUCUUUGCUUGUAUAUAUGUUAGUGUGAAUUUGGUGAUUUUAGAUUAUGCGUAA